AUGCAAGACACUACAGUAUCACCAGCAUUAGUGGAACAAAAUGGUCGUGGUUCACAAGUUUCAGAAGGUGGUCGUGAAAGUGGAUCAAAACCAACAACAGCAACAACAGGAAAACGACGAGUUGGUUCUCGUCAACCACUUUUUCGUCCUGAUCUUACAGUUAGUGCAAGACGAUCACAUCGAAUUAAUAGAACAUAUACUUAUGUGGCUCCAGCAUCUGGUCGUGAAAGUUGGUGGCGUGUUACAAUCAAAGAUACACCAAAUCCUGGUAGAUAUGAUACUCAUUUGAAUACAUUUGUCAAAGAAGUUCUUGCACGUCCUAUGACGUAUGGUUUUAAAAAUGAUGGACGACGACGAGAUCCACAACCUCUAGAACCCAAAGGCAAAGACUUAUUGCCUGGUGCCUAUUCCGUAGAAGACUUUGUAGAACGUAUGCGUGAACUUCGGAUUACAUAUGGAUUUAAAGGUCCAGAACGAGAAGAUUCAUUACGAAAAUCAAUGGCUGCUAAUCAUGAUAAGGUAUGUUUUUGAGUGAAUUUUAGUACUUUCUUUUUUUUU